UUCCGAUCGAUUCAUUUUAUUCACUUAGCCAAAACUCUAAUUUGAUAAUUACUUAUUAGAUAUUUCAUGUGUACUGCACAUGUGUUCGUAAUUCAUUAAAGUCUGUGCUUGGAAAAUAUUCAUUUUGGAAAUCAUUUAUCCCUACGAACAUUGAUAUCAUGAUGUUCAUUAGACGAAUCUGACAAUUCUUUCGCCAUGCUUAAUUUGCAUACAAAGAAUGUUGAUGUUUCGAUAGUAUGUUUGUGUACUAUAUUCGCAAUGGGUGUUGCACAGCUGAAUGUGGUAAAACGUGACUAUUUUACUACAAAAGAAAGAAAAAUUCUUCCUAGCAGUACCACAAUAAUUCAGCAAAAAUCACGAUCACUGUCAGCGUGUGGAUCUUUUUGUUCGAUACAUAAAGCAUGCUGUGUUGCAAGCUAUGAUCAGAAAACAAAGCAAUGCAUCCUAGAUAAAUCCUGCUGCCCAGAAAGUGAGCAAUCAGUAGAUGCACUGAUGUUGAAGAUUAGAUCAGAUUCACUUGCAUGCCCAAACGGAUGGUUAAAAAACGGAACCACAUGCUACUACUUCAGCGAUGAACUUAACACUUGGACAGAUGCUAAGAUUGCCUGCGAAGCUGAGGAAGGAAUGCUUGUAGAAGUAGAUUCAAAAUGUGAAAACGAGUUUGUUAAGAUGUCAGCAAGCGAGUCACAGUACUGGUUAGGUGGAACCGACGAACAAGAAGAAGGUGUUUGGAUAUGGUCACACAGUCAGAACCUUAUCACCUUUACUGAUUGGAAAAAGGGACAACCAAACAAUCUUAGAGGCAACGAACAUUGUCUUUCAUUGAGGGAGGUCUCCGGGUAUGCAUGGAAUGAUGACCGAUGUCACACUUUAAGGCCGUUUAUCUGUGAAAAAGAUUUAUUGAAUUGAGUUGAAAAGAAGAAAAGAUUUGGAAGACAAAGAUCGCCGAGUGCAAGAAAGCAUGUGCUUCAACAAUUUGUCCAAUACAUUAAAGUGUAAUGUGUCUUACAGAGAGUUGUAUAUUUUCAUGCAAGCUUCUUAUGUUGUGUUGUGUUUGCUUCUUUAGAGUCUUGUUGUAUUAUAUAUUCAAUGAUAACAAAACAACUCAGUAUAACUGUUGGUGUAUAGAAAACAGUUUACAUAGAUCGGCUCAUAAUUUAAUGAUUGAUUUGUUUUUCUUCCUAACAUCUGUUUAUUCCCUUAUUGAACAUCUUAAUUAUAUUAAUUUUUAACUAUUACAUUACAGAUUUAACCUGUCAAUUGAUUUGCUAUCAACUGAUUUGGACUUUCGAUUUAAGAAAUUAAUGGUAAUGAUUGUUCGCGUGAUAAAUGAUAGCUGAUCUGACAACAAAUUUGUGAUUGGACUAUAGGAAAAGUAUUUUGUGGUAUUUAGGGAUUUCAAUAAGUUGAAUAUGAAAAAUGAAUUUGCUGGAUUGCCGUGUUUAGAUGAUAAUAUUUUUUUGUUAAAAUCAACGUUGCUCCGCUAAUGCUUUCUUCGUUCAUACAUUAUAUAGGUUUUCAUUUUGCCAAUCACAGUGAAGGUGGUUCUGGUGUCUUCCUCUAUCUUUGAUUUUGAAGAAGCAGAUAACUUUGGUAUAGAUAUUUGAUCAAAUGUGCAAAUUUUAGGGGUUGAAUGUAAUCUAUGUAACAAACUUUUGAUAGUUAUAUGAAAAUUGUGUAUUCUAUCAUAAUUACAGCUGUAUUUUCUCUAAAACACCUUGUUUGUGUUUGAUUAGAUUUUUUUCGACUUUGCCUUAUAAGGGGAGAUAACUCAGAUAAUGUAAUUUUUGUAAUAGAAAGUGUUAUGAAUUUACCUAUUUCUAAACGUAGCAAGAAAACAAGUUCGGUGACCCCAUUUUUUUCUUUUUCUUAUCUGAAAGCAUGUUAUAAGAGCAAUCUUCUCACAUUUUAUCUUAAUGUCCUGAUAGUACGUUUUCUUUUUAUCACACAAAUUUCGAUUUUUCCACGCAUUAUCUAUUCAAAAUCUGACAAUUUUGCACAAUUUGUAGCGUGAAAAAAAGUCCGGUGACCCAUAUUUUUAUAUAUAUUUUUGGAAAAAGCAUCAUAAAAACUUCAUUUUGACAAGUUAUCAAAAACUUCUAUCAAUUCU